AGUAUACGCAUUACGUAGGGUGGAUCGUUCUCGGGAUGUCGCGCCGGAGUUAACCAGUUGCGCGAGCCUUGGCCACUUUAUUAUUAACCCUUUGCGUCUCUUCCAAUUCUAUAUAACACCUCCUGCCUGCCCCUUCGUUCACGACGAGUCGACAACUGUCUCCCUCACACCACAACCAGCCACCAAGCAAUACGGCAUUUCAACAAGAGAAAAGAGGAGAGGAUAGAAGAAGACAUGGCCGGCCGCUUCCUGAUCGCUCUCGUCGGCAUUGUCACCUCCGUGGGCGGCUUUCUCGCCGACUGGAACGAAACACACGUCCUGAACCCGCGCUGGCCACCGCACGCACGCUUCCACAACGGGCAGACCAUGUCGAUGGGCGCUGUGCUGGGCCUGACUACCUUAUACUACCUCUACGGCCCGCCAGCCUCUUCGUCACACCCCCUUGCGCAACAGAAAUCAGCGCUCUGGACGGCAUCUUGGGUUGCGAGUAUAUACUGGAUCACCCAGUUGUCGGCGAUCUUGUAUCCUGGUUCUCUGGCAGUUGAUCCUGAGUUUGGAGAGGGCUUUCCGCAGUUGUGGUUGAUUACAGGGUUGUUGAGUAUUGUGGCGGUGGGGACGGUGUUGGAGAAGCAGGUUUUGGCUGUAAAGAAGGCUUGAUAAUAAAUGGAUGAGGGGUAAUAUUAGCGAAGGUGUUGAGCAGUCUGGCAGCGUGAAAGACAUUGAAAUCUUGCACGGUCAUGAUAUAAUCUGAGUGAGGAGGAUCCAUUGAUGAUGAAUGGCAUCAUGUUAACGACAUCUGGAGGAGCAGCUUAGGAAGAUUAAUAUAAUCACCACUCUAUAACUUGAAAAUAUAAUUCAAUAUCUUAAUGAGCGCACCUGAAUCGAAUUGACUAUGCG